AUGACCGAGGAAUCAUACUUAAGAUUACACAUCACACCGCUAACGCCUGAACUCCUAGGAACUAUUUUGCCUUCCCAAGUCUUGCCUAACGCCCGCAACCUCUCAUACCACACAGUUCAGACCUUCCCAGAAAAGAGCUACGGGUUUGUAGAUUUGCCAUACAUAGACGCUGAGAGUAUCAAGAAAAAGUUACACGGGUCUAUUGUUAAAGGGACAAAAAUGCGCAUUCAGGCUGCGCGGCCGAAACCAGAGCGAGCUUCAGAGGAAGAGUCACGAUCAGUAUCACAGCCAAAACUCAAAAAGAUAAAGAGGUCCAGAAAUGAGUUACCUGCUAUAGAAAUAGGUCAAAGGAAGGUCAAAAGGGGAUGGACCACACCUGCACAAGAUCUGAAGAAGAGUAAUGAGGGCGAUAUCAAGAUGAAUAGUGUUGUGAGAUCUAAGUUUACCGCAGGUGCCGAGUGCCUAUUCAAGACUGUAUUGCCGGAAAAUAUUGCGUCUAAGAAUAGUAGUUUUCUGGAAAAAACAAAGCAUAAGAAUAAAAAGAGGAAUAUGAAAGGAAUCGUGGUGCAUGAGUUCGAAAAUACUAUCAAACAUAAUUCUUUCCUGAGACCUCGUCACGCGGUUAGCACCUCAAACAGUGUUGCCCAAUUUGUAGAAGGGAAAGGCUGGUUAAAUGAGGAUGGAAUCCUUGUGGAAGGUAUUAAAGCUUCUCAGCGAAAAAGUACCAUCGAGAAAGAAGAGGCUAUAGCGAAAAAUCUUAUGCCUAAGUCAGACACAUUAGAAGAUCAGGACAGACACAAUAGUUCGCCAAAAAAUCUUGGCACAUGUAAAAAUCUUGCACAAGCUGAUACCACAGACGAAGGAAUAUUUCAAAAAAUACCAGCCAUACUUGAUGUGGAAUCCAUUUGCAACGAAAUAGACGAGAAUUCUACAAACUCAUCUAUCUCAUUUUCGAAUUCUUUGUCUGAUCACGAAGAUGAUAGACUAGACUUAAACACAGUUCCAUUUAGCGCUUCUAAAACAAGUAGUCAUAAAUCUUUCAAGACCUCAAGCUCAAUUCAUUCAAGCGCAUCAUUGUCAACUUCUUCACCAAAUUUUCCUUCUCAUGACUGGCUAACUUCUCAAGAAGAUUCUGCCUGCUUGGAAUCUAGAUUAUCAGGCCAGUCGACACCUCAUGCAACUAACGUGAACCUAAGUAUUCAGGUCCCACUUGCAACUACACAUCCACUAGAAGCGCUUUACAAAAAAUCUAAAUCUCAGGAAACUUCUAAUAACUCUACGUUUAAAUUCUUUACAUCUAAAAGCGAAAGCGAUAGCAACGAUUUUCGAUCACCUUCACCUGUUCAACAACACAUAUCUGUUCCCCUCACGCCUUAUACCCGCCGCGAUAUCGAACAUCGGACCGUCCGUAGCGCAGCACCGACACCUGAUACUGCACACGCAAAUAAGUGCUUUAAAUGGUCAAAAUCAAAUGAUGAUGAUUUUACCGAGGAAGAUGAAGAUGAUGACAAGCCUGAGAAAGAUGCUAGUGUCAAUGCUGUAAUUGGAACAUCAGGCAAUGCUCAUAAAUUGUCUGCAGAAACGAGAUUAAAAGAAGUUCAGAGCGAGUUUCAAAAGUGGUUCUGGGAAAACCGGGGGCAUGCCAAUCGGAACUGGAAGCAGCGUCGCCGGAGUGCAUUAAAAGAGCGGCGGCAGAGUUCGAAGAAAGCCCAGUAA